GUAGCUAUUAAAAGGGUCCCGACGCCUCCUCCAAUUUUAUCAUUAUGUCUUGAAAAUCCCUUCAUCUCUCCAAGCUUCGUCGCGAAACCAGCCCAUCAAGCAUUGCACCCGAAAUUUCUUCAGAAUAACCUUGUAUAAAAUACGAAUCAGCAUACUAUCACCGCCAUGUCUGUUGUUUCACUUCUUGGCGUUAAAGUGCUAAACAACCCCGCCGCUUUCUCCGAUUCCUACGAGUUUGAGAUCACUUUUGAGUGCCUGGAACAACUGCAAAAAGAUCUUGAAUGGAAACUCACUUACGUCGGAUCCGCCACCUCAUCUGAACAUGACCAGGAGCUUGAUUCAUUACUGGUUGGCCCUAUCCCUGUCGGUGUGAAUAAGUUCAUCUUUGAAGCCGACCCGCCGGAUUUGAAACACAUUCCUCAGACCGAGAUCCUUGGAGUUACAGUGAUCUUGCUCACCUGUAGCUACGAUGGCCGCGAGUUCGUUCGAGUUGGAUAUUAUGUGAAUAACGAAUACGAUUCGGAGGAGCUCAAUGCCGAACCGCCGGCCAAACCUAUUAUCGACCGGGUGCGCCGCAAUGUCCUCGCAGAAAAGCCUCGCGUAACCCGAUUCGCCAUCAAGUGGGAUUCCGAGGAAUCUGCUCCUGCUGAGUAUCCUCCCGAGCAGCCAGAAGCCGAUGGCUUGGAAGACGAUAGUGCAGCCUACGGUGCCGAGGAGGUCGAAUUGGAAAAUGCCCUGAUCAAGGAACUCGAGGAGGCAGAGACUACUGGUCAAGGCGUGCCUGAGGGAGAGGAUCAUGAGAUGGAAGGCGCCGAGCCCACUGCUGGGGCUGGCGACGAUGACGCCUCGGAUGCAGGCAGUGAGGAUCUUGAAGCCGAAAGCAGCGACGAGGAGGAGGAAGAUCUCGAGGAAGAAGAAGGUGGUGAGGAAGAUGUUGAGAUGGGAGAUGAUGCUGCCUCUCAUCAACAUCCUCAUCAACCUGAGGUCAUGGUCCACUAGACUUGAUCUUAUUCACCAAAUUUCGUACGAAUUAUAUCGACCAAUACCCCGGAGUUAGGUUCUACAACGGGCUUCUACCUUGCAGGACGAAUUUUUUAUGAUUUCAUGCGCUAGUAUUUGAUAACGAGCUUUCAUUUUCACAUCACCCGCCAGAUUCACGCGGCCAUAUUUUCCUUCUCUCUUCCAUAUAUAUUGAUGACGAUAAAUGGAAAUAUAUAGGCACUCACGAGGUGUACAUGGCUAAGACUGAUGAAUAGUUUUGCUUUUCUUAAUAGAGGAGUAUCUUGAAACUUGUCAACCACAUUACGUAAAUAAAUACAAA